CUAGUGCAAAGCCAAGUGCACAUAUAAUCUGUGGCAAGGAGCACUGGGAGACAGCUAAGAGACAGUGACAAUGUCUUUAAACUGGCGAACAAUUCCUACUCAACUUGGAGUUUUGAAAGUGAACUGCAAAGGACUUGCAUGCCUGUUGGUCUUCACAGUGAGCGUUUGUGGCAAUGCCCCGGGGAUGUGUCCAACAGCCUGCAUCUGUGCCAGUGAUAUCAUAAGCUGCACCAAUAAGAACCUCACUCGAGUGCCAGGAAAUCUUUAUAAAUGCAUGAAAAGGCUGGAUCUGAGUUACAACAGAAUUGGAUUUUUAGAGCCUGAAUGGGUCCCAGUGCUGUUGGAGAAACUGAACACUUUAAUAGUCAAUCAUAAUAGCAUUAACAGCAUUAUCCCUGGAAGCUUUUCCACAACUCCAAAUCUGAAGUACCUAGACUUGUCAUCCAACAGCCUGAAGACAUUGGGCAGCCCUGUGUUUCAGGAGCUAAGGGCACUGGAGAUUCUUCUGCUGUACAACAAUCAGAUAAUACAGAUUGAGUCUUCAGCCUUUGGAGGAUUGUACAAACUACAGAAACUGUACUUAAGCUACAACUUGAUCCUGCAUUUCCCACUGGACUUAUAUGUUGGAAAAUAUAAACUGACAGACCUUGUGUUGCUGGACAUUUCCUUUAAUCACAUCCAGUCGAUGCCUGUUCAGCGCCUGAGUUCAGUACCAGCCAAACAACUUAGUGGAAUUUAUCUUCAUGGCAACCCAUUUCAUUGUGACUGUGUCCUGUACUCUGUGCUAAUCUUCUGGUAUCAAAGGCACUUCAGCUCGGUGGUGGACUUCAAAAAUGAGUACAGGUGUUUGUUGCAAUCAGACCCAAGAGGUCACAAUAAACUGCCUUUACUGCAGGACAACUUUCUGAAUUGCUCUGAAAGCACCGUCAACAGCUCUUUCCAAGCCUUUGGGUUUAUUCACGAUGCCCAGGUUGGUGACAGGCUGGUUGUACACUGUGACAGCAGAAUCAGCGAUGCAGGCACACAUUUUAUUUGGGUUAGCCCAGACAAUAGAUUGCUGGAGCCAGACAGGGAGGCCAACAACUUUAAGGUAUUUCCUAAUGGCAGCCUGGAGAUAAUAGAUGCCCAGCUAGAGAACUCAGGGCUGUAUUCCUGCAUCGCAAUAAAUAAGAAGAGACUAUUAAAUGAAACCAUAGAGGUUAGAAUAAAUGUUAGCAAUUUCACAGUGAACAGGUCCCACGCUCAUGAAGCAUUUAAUACAGCUUUUACCACCCUUGCUGCCUGUGUGGCCAGUAUUAUUUUAGUGCUGCUGUAUCUCUAUCUGACCCCCUGCCCAUGUCAAUGUAAGGCCAAAAAGAAGAAGAGGAAGCUGAAUCAAAGCAGUGCCCACUCAUCCAUACUGAAUUCCACACUGCCACAAGAGCCACCAGCUGAUGAGAAGAAGGCGAGCACUGGUAAACGGGUGGUUUUCCUGGAGCCUGUGCAUGAACCAAAACACAGUCAGAAUGGGAAAGUAAAACUGUUUCCUAAUGACAGUGUCAUGACAGAGAGUAUCUUAAAAACUACUCGAACAAAAUCUGACUCUGAUUCUGUCAACUCAGUGUUCUCAGAUACACCUUUCAUGCCGCCAACUUAGUCUGCUGCCUGUGUUUGUAUUGUGCAGUUACAUUUCUGAAUACCUCCUUUGCUUGUAGCAACCAUCAGGAUAAAAAAAUAAAAAGAGAUAAAAUG